AUGACCAUCGGUUGGUUCGACGCCUUCAGGGAGAAUGGCGCCCCCACCUGGUACGGUGAGAACAGAACGCCGGUCGUCGUGGACCUGCAAAUCGCCGCCUUGUUGUCCUUGUUCAUCACACCCACACUGGCCUACCUGUUGAUCUCACCCGGAAUUCGAAGGUACAAAACUGCGUCGACUUUCACGUUCCUCUUCUCCAUGGCGGUCGGCGCGAUUAUUUUGGGUGAGUAGAGCACCGCUUAAUAUAUAGUACGCUUUUCCAAGGUAUAAGUACUGUAUUUUACCAUAAACUUCAAGCAUUUUUAAGCCGCUAAAAAUCCACUUUCAGUCUCAAUCCACUACCCAUGUUGGCAGCAAGGAGAAGCCCGAGUCCUAACAGCCUACAAAGCCUUCUCCACGGACCGACUAAACGCCGUUCUUGGAGUCAAAAUCGGCCUCUACAAUGUGAAUAUCACGCUCACAACGAAAACAUCUCCAAAAUUGGACUUCAACGAGCGCAUGAGCUUCCUGGAUGGUAGGUCUGGAGGUAGUCGUACGUGGUAUUAAUAAUAAUGAAGGGGAUAGUGGGUGUUGCAAAUUGAGCGGUGUUUUUCCCUCUGGCUGAUUGUGAUCUAUUCUAAUGAGGAUAUUUUUUAGUGACAACAUCAGAAACAGAGCGAGCAUUACAAAAAGGAACGCCGUAUCCAAUGCUCAAAGUGGUGGAAUAUCUAAGUCUAGAUCGGAAUGGAUUCAACCAUGGAAGGCAAUACCGAAUGGCCGGGUAUUACACGGGAGUUAUGCUGUGGUAAGUUCAUUUUUUUCAAUUUUAUUUUUUCCACAAAGAAACAUUUUUCUAAAAACGAGAUAUCUGAAUUUUUGAAGACUAAAAAAAUGAACAAAGAGGGGCGUAUUUUACCAUUUUCAGGUGCGCUUUUGCCUGUUGGAUCCUCCAAAUGCUCCUGUUGUGUGUUCUGCCCCAAAAGUUUGGCCAUGUCUGCAUGACUGUCGGCGCAUUUACAGUGACCGCCAAUCUGGUAUAUGCGCUGAAUGUUCCCAAACUUUUGUUUGUGCCAUUCCCAGCGCCGCGAGGCGGACUGUCGCUGCUGGAGUUUCGGUUUUCGCAUUGUUUUUACUUCACUUUGGCUGCUGGUGAGUUCAUUUGCAUUUUUGUCGAAAAUAAUGUCCAAAAUUGGGAUAAUUGGGCCUUUACGGUUCAAAAACCGACCUUCGCUUAGGUGUUAUAGCGGGUUAUAAAUCAAGACGACGGUCGGGUGUGGCUUGACGGGCCCUUCCGAUCGUAAACUUAUAAAUCAAGUGUAGACAUUGGUAUUCUUUUGUCACCGCAGAGCGGAGAUAAUGACGUCAGAGGAAAGGUCAAAAAAUGGCUUUUCAAAAAAUUAUUCCGCUUAUGCAGUUAUGGACAUGGAAAAUUUUAAUAGUAUAUCGUAGAGUCCAGUAUGACAUAUACGAAUAAGUUUUGGCAACAAAACCUUUAAAAAAGAUAUCUUACGUUGAAAAAAGGUGAACUUAUGCUUAUAUCAGUGCGUCGGGAAAAUAAUGAGGAUUCUGUUGCAUCGCAAGUCGCAUCGCCGCCGGGAAAAUGAAUUUUGUCGCGGCAAAAUGAAAUUUAUUUUCCCUUCAGCGACGCGAUCGGCGCAGCGACUUAUCUCGCUCAUUAUUUUCCCGACAGACUGAUAAAUUAAACACAAGAACUCGCCGUAUCUCAGUGUUUUUUUUUCUUGCUACUAAUGUCAAAUUACUCCAACUUUUCAGGCCUCGGAAGUAUCCUCUUCGGCGCGGCCCUUCUCCUCCUUCAACUCAACAAAGAUUUCCAAUUCCGGACCAUCUUCGCCUGCAAGAACUACCGGCACAUUCCCUGCGCUUGUCACGAGCAUAUAAAACGGCCAGUCUCGAAUAUCAGCACUGGCUCGUCAUGCUCAUCAACGAUCAACUCAAGUCGCUCGUCGGAGGACGGUUGUGACGCCUUCAAUUCGGAGGCUUCAACGACCAGUGCCGAUGGGUAUCACGCGUACAAUGAGGAGGAAACAAAGAGUCCUCAAGUCUACAGCAUAGUCGAAUAUGAACAACCGGACUUGGCCAAAUGCCGGAGCGUUUCGCAAGUGCGAAAAUUAGGCCAAGAACCGAUUAAUUGGAUCAUGCAAGACACGUACUUGCCUAAAAAAUGA